GCAGAAAAAUCCCGCCUUGGCAACCUCCCCGAGCGGAUCAAUUCGCUGCCGCAAAGGGAUUUUCGAGACGCCUUUUCCCUCCUUAUUUACCCUCUCCUGAGCUUAUUCCAAGAAAUUCACUAAGAUGUUUUGGGCACGAAGGCUCAUGACCUUAUGCAUUUUGCGGCAAGUGUCAUCGUGGAGUCAUGAGCCGGCCGAUAAUGGUGCACAUGUGCCUGCAAGAAUAGCUGUUAUUGGAGGAGGCAUUGGAGGAACAGCAACUGCAUAUUUCCUGCAACAGCAUUUUGGAGAUGAUCUUGUCCUCGAUUUGUACGAGCACCGUACAGUCGGUGGGCGUUUGGCCGUCCUUGAGAUUGCUGGACACACUUACGAGGUCGGCGGCAGUGUCAUUCAUCCGGGCAACAGAUACAUGGUGGAGUUUGCCAAGAAAUUUGGCCUUCAGAAAAAAGAAAGUUGCUCUGACGGUCAGGUUGGACUCUUCGACGGUGAGAAAUACGUGUUCAGAGAAAGCUCCUGGUUCUUGGUGAAUAUAGCAAAGUUGAUCUGGAGGUAUGGGAUGGACGUGAUGACACUUCAAAGAAAUCUUCAGGAGACAUUGAAGAAGUUUGGUAGGAUCUAUGAUCUCCAGGCUGAAGGCCAAGCGUUUUCCAAAGUAAGCGCUUUACUUCAUGCUCUAGACCCAAGUUUCCUUGAGAUGACACAUGUUUCUGUGCGUGAUUGGCUUAAAAAGUUAGGCACCCGAGACCUCAUUAUAGAUGAGUUGGUGACAGCAGUAACAAAUUGCAACUAUGGACAGACAGCAGACUUACAUGCAUUUGUUGGAGCAAUAGCUGUAGCUGGAGCAGACCCUAAGCUAUGGGCUGUAACAGGAGGUAACAAGCGUGUGCCAGAGGAACUUUUGAAGCACUCUCGUGCCACACUACUCCAGCGUAAAGUUGAGGAAAUUGGACUGAUUGAAGGAGGGGGUUUUAUAGUAACUUCAGUGGAAGCAGAAACGCCAGAAAAUGGCGAAAGACACUCAUUGAACAACAAUGUGGAUAACACAGAAAAGGAACUUCGCCCUCAAAUCUAUGACCUUGUUGUGGUUGCUGCACCUUUGACAAAGGACAGUAGCAAUAUUAAGUUUGUUAAUUUUACCAAGGAAUUCACAUUUCCAGGCCAUUAUCAGAAGAUCUUUUGCACAAUGGUUCAGGGUAAAUUGCGUCCAGAAAGUGUAAAACUAGAAGGAGAUUCUGUUGAUGAAAUUUUGGUAACAAAUACAUCUCUUAUUUUCAACUCUAUAGGCAAGCAGUCACCAACUGAUGCAAAAUGCUCAGAGCAGUAUCCAGAUGUCUGGAAAAUCUUUUCUGGGAUUUCUCUUGGUGAAGAACAUCUGAACACCUUUUUUGAGGAGUUGAAAUUAUUCCAUGAGGUUCAGUGGCUGGCAUACCCUCAUUACGACUCUGACCAACAGCUUGGUGACUUUGAGUUGCAUCCUGGCCUCUACCACUUAAAUGCUAUAGAGUGGGCUGGAAGUGCUAUGGAAAUGAGCAACAUUGGUGCUAAAAAUGUGGCAUUGCUAGCCCUCAAACACUGGCUGCAAGAUCCAGCAGCUGGAAAAAUGGAUGUACAAAGGGAUGAACUGUGAUUCAAGUAGUCAAGAUAGCAACAAAAGGAGUAGAAUUAAGAGUUGAUAAGGAGAAUGUAGGAUUAAUCAAAAUUUAUUUAUGGCUGUGAUAGUAGUGCCUGGUAUUUAUAAGGAAAAGUAAGUUAUUAUAUAUGCUUUAUUUCUUUAUUUUUUUUAGAGGAUUUCUUGUUACAGUUGUAAUGAAUGAAACAUUGCAUUCCAAGGUUUAUGAUUUGUUUGAAAUUAAACGGUAAUAGUUUAGAUAUGCAAGUUUCCGGUCACAGAAAAAAGUAUUCUUUUUGUUUAUUUCUUGUAAGACACUUUUUUUUUCAGCUACAGCAUGUAAAAAGCAAUAAAGCUGAAGUACCAGGUCCUGAAA